UCUUGGGGGGCGCAGAACUGGGGGGCACGGCAGGGGUGACGCCCCCGCAGCGGCUCCCCCAGCUCGGCGCUGCCCCCCCAGCUCCUUCCCGUGCCCGCGGGGGCCGCAGCGCCCCGGGCACCCAUCCACGCCGCCCCGGGCACCCGGCCGUCCCUGGCACCCCUCUCUCCCAUGCCAGGCGUCCAUCUGCGCCGUCCCUGGCACGGAGCCCGCGGGAACAAUGAGUGCAGCCAGCGCCUUCCCCGCCCGGGGGGGCUCACACAGCUGCCCGUGCAGAACCCGGGGUGCAGCCCCCCCGCCUUGGGGACGUGCUGGGGGUGCCACAGCCCCGCGCUGGGUGUGGAGGGCGGGCACUGCCCACUGUUUGCCUUGGCACCCCCACCGCUGCCGGGCAAAUGCCACGGAAGGGCCCUCGGGGGUUUCGUGUCCCCUCCCGGCUCUUCUGCGGGCUCAGCAAACAGCACAAGUGGCACUCGGCAGCGGGAGGGGCCCCAGCCUCCCCCGGCCACCCGGGAGCCCAUAAAUGCCCCCGGGCCCGGGCUGGCAGAGGGACAGGAGCGCCCGAAGAGAUGGAGGACAGCUCUAAAGAGGCGCUGAUGGAGGAGGCACCUCCGAGGUACACGGAGUCCCCGCGCCUGCCCUGCAUCCCCCACGAGCUCAAGAGCCUCUUGCUGGUGGUGGCCCUCGUGGUGGUGGCCCUCGUGGUGGUCAACGUCGCCUUCCUCCUGCUGGGGCUGCACCUCAGCGAGUCACACGCCGAGACGGUGCUGCGGAUGAGCAUCCGCGGGCCGGACGGCGAGGGGAGCCCGCAGGAGCUGGCCCUGAGCCACGCGGGAAGGAGCGGCUCGUUCGCCGUGCGGGACGGGCCCAACGCCUCGGCAGCCGUGGUGUACGACUACGGCAAGCUGCUGGUCGGCUACAGGUCCUGGCGUGGCCGCGCCUGCUACAUCACCCGCGUGGACAAGGACAACAUGCCGGGGCUGGACGCUGUCACCGAGACCUUCCAGCGCCGGCAGGGUGAGGACGCUGGGGACAAGGCCGUGCCCCUGGCUGACCGCUCCAUCCUGGGCACCACCAUCAACAUCCUCUGCAGCGCCGUGCCCGUGUUCUGGGCAGGAGGUGAGUCCCUGCUGGGUGGCACUGCCACACCGCGGGGUCCCUGCAGCCAGCUGGGCACAGGGCUUUGCCCAGUUCAUCCCAGCAAGGCACCAGUGCCCGGGAUGGGGGUUUGGCCCGUGGCCUGCUACAUCCCCAGUGCCCAGGGGCAGCGGGAUGAGAGCUGCAAUCCCACCCCCCAGCUCCCUCCUCCACGCCCUGAGCCCUUCUCCCCUCACCCCCAGGACUCGGGGAACGGCUGCUGCUGCCCCGGCUGCUGUUUGCCCUGCGCCACGUGCUGCGCCAAGUGCUGCACCAAAUGCAGCUUGUGCUGCGCCAAGUGCUGCUGCCUGCCCAAGUGCUGCCAGUGCCCCAAGUGCCCCAAGUGCCCCAAGUGCCCCGGCUGCGCCAGCUGCUCCGGCUGCCUCAAGAAGUCGCUGUGCUUCGUCCCUCGGCUGCUGUGCUACCUGCCCCGCAAGCUGCUGGGCUGCGGCCGCCUCCGCUGCCUGCUGAUCGCCGUGGUCGUGGUGGUGCUGCUGGUGCUGAUCAUCGCCGGCGCCCUACUGAUGUGGCUGAGCGUGGAGCAGCGCCGCGCCGACACCGUCCUGCGGGGCGGGGUGUGGGCCGGAGCGGCCUGGGAAGAGGACGUGGCCACUUUCUACCUGGACAGCGGGGACGGGAACGCGGCCACGGUCAUCUAUGACUACAGGAACCUGCUGGUGAGCUACAGAGCCCGGCUGCACCGCGCCUGCUACGUGACCCGCGUGGACAGGGACAACAUCCCCGGGCUGGACACGGUGCUCGAGACCUUCCAGCGCCGCCAGGCUGAGGACAGGAUCUCCGUGCCCCUGGCUGACCGCUCCCUCCUGGGCACCACGGCGGGCAUCCUGUGCCGCCUCCUCCCGGUGUACUGGGCUUAGCCCCGCGGGGUGGGCAGGGGGCCGCGGGACCCCUCGGCAGCGCCCCCGCAGUGCCAGCUUUGCCUCGCAGCGCCCCCGACAGGCACAGCCCCUCUGGGAGCCUCCUCCGCGGCCGCCCCCGCGCCCCCCACCCAAAUUUUGGGGUGCGGGGGGUGGGGAGGGGUCAGGGGGUCGGCGCGGGGGGGGCUGCGGGCGCGGGGCCGGGGGCGGGGCGGGGGUGUCUGCGCUGUGCCGGGGGACAGCUGGUUUGUCACUUAAGUCUUCUCAGCUUCGCCAAACCCAAGUGCAAAAAUGAGCUUAAAAA